GGAAAAGAGAGAAAACAAAGACAAAAGUUCUCAAGACUCCAUGAUUAUUCAAAUUCUCUCAAACACAGGACUUUGGGGCUCCCCUACUUAAUCCUAAGUAAGAGCUCCUCUCAAAGUUUCUUCAAAGACUUUGCUUUGAGAGCUUCAGUAAGAAGAUCAGAAGCAGGAAAUUAAGUUAGUUUUCUCGGGAGGGAUGAAUAGAGGUGUUUUGCAGAGCUCACCGGUGCAACAAAUGAUGGCCGGAAACCCUAACUGGUGGAAUAUCAAUAGCGUGCGCCCACCAACACAUCAAUCUUCUCCUUUCUUGCCUUCUCAUACAAACUGUUUCCCUCAAUAUGCACCAACUUCCUCUUCUUCUUCUUCACUUCCCAUUAUUCCUUCUAAUUGGCUGCAUGAUAGCCAGGAGCUUCCAGAGUCUUGGAGCCAGCUACUCUUGGGUGGAUUGGUGAGUGAAGAAGAUAAGAUUGGUAUGAGCCAGUUAGUAGCUAAGCGGAUGGAGAAUUUGGAGGAGCAAUUCCUGAGUCAAGCUCCAAAUGCUUCUGUUGUUAAUGUCAAGCAAGAACACUCUGCAAGCAGCUAUGUGUACGGACAUGGAGCUCAUGAGGAUUUUCAAGCAGUAAAACCCACUUGGUCUCAUGUAAUAUCUGCUUCAUCUCCGAAGUCCUGUGUGACAAGUUUCAGCAGUAAUAUGUUGGAUUUCUCUAGCAACAAGGCAGAUGGGAGGCACCCACCACCGGAUCGAUCCUCAGAGUGUAACAGCACUGCAACCGGUGGGGCACUUAAGAAAGCUAGGGUUCAACCUUCUUCAACCCAAACUACCUUCAAGGUGAGGAAGGAGAAAUUAGGUGACAGAAUAACAUCUCUGCACCAGCUAGUAUCUCCAUUUGGGAAGACUGACACAGCCUCUGUCUUGUUAGAAGCUAUUGGGUACAUCAGAUUCCUUCAGAGUCAAAUUGAGGCCCUCAGCUUACCUUACUUGGGCAGUGGAUCAGGAAACAUGAGGCAGCAACAGUCUGUUCAAGGAGAAAGGAAUUGUAUAUUUCCUGAAGACCCUGGUCAGCUGCUGAAUGACAACUGUAUUAAGAGGAAAGGAGCUCAUGAUCAUCAGCAGGAUUCUCACGACGAACCAAAGAAAGAUCUGAGGAGUAGAGGGUUGUGUCUGGUUCCAGUGUCAUGCACACUACAAGUUGGGAGCGACAAUGGAGCUGACUAUUGGGCUCCUGCUCUCGGCGGGGGCUUCCGGUAGAUGGUUGUUUACGUUGGAAGCAUAUGCAGCACACCAAGAGCUUCACAGAAACGAUAUAACAUCAUGAGCAGUCACUCUGCUAAAAUCUAAGGCUGAUUGCUCAUGAUGCUAUACAAUCUUGAAAUCUAUGUACAUGUGCGCUGUACAUGUGGGCUAGGAUUUGCAUGUCCUGAUGAUCAUCAAGACUCUUAAUUUAUGUCAUUAAGCUUUAUCUAUCUUCAUCCUAAAGCUGCUGCUACAUUGCUUUUCUUGUAUAUGCAGUGUUAGUAUGACUAAUCAUUUUAAUUAAUGUUGCUUAGAAAGCCGCAUUCAUCUAAUCACUUCCACCAUUGGAAAUUA